UUUCAUUUUAUUUUUGGUGUCUUGAGGUUAUAAAAUGCCUGAGCCAGCCAAGUCCGCUCCGGCCCCGAAGAAGGGCUCUAAGAAGGCGGUGACUAAGGCGCAGAAGAAGGAUGGCAAGAAGCGCAAGCGCAGCCGUAAAGAGAGCUACUCCGUGUACGUGUACAAGGUGUUGAAGCAGGUCCACCCGGACACCGGCAUCUCCUCAAAAGCUAUGGGCAUCAUGAAUUCUUUCGUCAACGACAUCUUUGAGCGCAUCGCGGGCGAGGCGUCGCGCCUGGCGCAUUACAACAAGCGCUCAACCAUCACCUCCAGGGAGAUCCAGACGGCCGUGCGCCUGUUGCUGCCCGGGGAGCUGGCCAAGCAUGCCGUGUCCGAGGGCACCAAGGCUGUCACCAAGUACACCAGCUCCAAGUAAACUUGCCAAGAGGAGCAAAUGGACUUUAGAAAAGUAUUUUCCUUCUGCUGGUCACUACUGGAUACGGUUGCAUCUCACAAAUAAGCCAAUGAAAUGACUGAUACUAGAAGAUAAAAGGAGACAUUUUUAACAAUCACAGAAGGAUUAAUAAGAACUUGGCUAAAACAUUUUGAGUAUAAAAAUAUUAAAUGGUAAUUGUAGAAAUUUGUAAGAAAAAUACGUAACAAAGAAAGUUAAAAUAAAUCUUAGUAUCUCUUUAUGUAUAUAAGCUAUAUGUGUAUAUGAAUAUGAACAAAUAUAUAAGAUCCAUCUCUAAUAAAUAUAAAUCAUAUAUAAAGCAAAUUUAGGUGUCAUGCUACAUAUACACGUAUAUCUAAUUUUCUAGGUAAUAUGCCUAGAAAGACACAUUUUUUAAUGGAUGUAUUAUUACUUAUGUAAUUAGUCCUCUGUUACUGGCUAUUUAGAUUGAGUUCCAUUUUUUUGUAUGUAAAUCUUUGUUUAUAUAUUUGAUUAUUUCCUUAGGGCAGAAUUCUAGAAGUAGAAAUACUAAAUCACAAGGUAAAACCAUUUUUUAAGGCCCUUAAUGUUUGCAUUCAUCAAAUUGCCAUUCAGAAGGACCAUGCCAAUUUAUAAUCCCAACAUAAUACAAAAAUUCCUGUUUUACAGCAGUCCUAUGUACUGAAAAUAUUUUUAAAUCAUUGUUAAUCGGAUAGGCCAAAAUAAAAUUGAAAUGUAAUUUCCUUCAUUAUGAGUGAAGGUAGUUUUUUCCCCAUAUUUUUAUCAGCCAUGAUCCCAUAAGAAAUAAACUGCUGCAAAACAAUGAACAUGAUUGCAAUCAUUCCAUGGGAAAGCGCUAUGUAAAGAAUAAAUAGGAUCUUAGGUUAAGACCAAAAAAAUGAAUAUUUAUCAGGUGCCUCCUCUGCCCAGGACUGUGCUGGAAUAAUGAACCCUGUUUGGCUAUGUGUAACUAAAACUACUUUUACCUACGUUGUCUCUAAUAAGCUUCCUAAUCAUUCCGUAAGAAAAGUGUCUGCUAUGGAUUGAUUUAUGCCUGCCCCUCCUCCAAAAUUCAUGUGGUGAAGCCCCAGUGUGACUAUAUUUGGAGACAGGGCUUUUAGGGGUACUUUAGGUGAAAGAGGUCACAAAGCUGGGGCCCUAAUCCAAUAGGAUUAGGAAGAGGAAGAGAGAACUAUCACUCUCUUGGUGUCCUCGCACUAAUGAAAGGCCAUGUAAGGACACAGCAAGAAGGCAGCCGUCUAUAGAGGAGGAAAAGAGGUCUCAGCAGAACCUGACCAUGCUGGCACUCUGACCGCAGAUUUCUAGCCUUCAGAGCUUUGAGGACAUAAAUUUCUAUUGUUUAAGCACCCACUCUAGAGUAUUUUGUUUGAGUAGCCUGAGUCAACUGAGAGUGAGAUGGGAGAAGCAGAGACUUUUGAAGCCAGACUUCUUGAAAUCAAAUCCCAGCCUUCUUGCUCAUUAGCUCUAAGACUCUGGGCAAGUUAUGUGACUUUUCUGUGACUCAGUUUCCUUAUCUAUAAAAUGACUUCCUACAUUUUUAAAAAUUUUUUCAGGGGAAAAUACUUGGGACAAUGACCGGCACACACAUAUUGUGUAAAUGGGUGUGAGCUUGUUUUUAUGAUAUCUUUUAGAGUUAUAGUGCAAAAUAUGAAUGACGGUUUUUUCUCUGGAUCUUAAGUUAUGGAAUCUAAGAAUUUUAAAAAACUAUCCAAUUCUCUGUUACUUUUACAGCAAUGAGUGAUACGUUCUGUCAACUUGUAAAUAUAAGGAUCAAUCCACUCCAUAACCCGACCCUAAGCCACUGACAUUUAAUGGCACAACCUCUCAGGGAUCACUGAGGUUCAGAGAAACCACAUACAUGUUAAUACAGAGUUCUUGGUAAGACGCACCCGUAAUCUCUCUAAGGAGAAAAAAUUUUCAAACUGAGGGUCACAAUGUGUUAGUAGGUUUUGAAAUCAAUUUCAUGAUUUGCAACCAGCACUUUUAAAAAGUAAAAUAAACUGGAUGAAAAUACAUCAGAAUGCA